AUGAAAAGCCUGCUCUGCACACUAGAAGACGGGUUGGAUGAUGAUGAGGUUAUGAAAGCAGUAAAAGUGGUGGGGGAAAAUAUCGGGGGAAAUGGACGCCCGUUAUGGGUACUCGACGAGAAGAUUGCAAUCGAUGAAAAUAGAGAGAUCGUCACGGACAUAACACCAUUUGGAUUGGUCUGGUUGAGUCAUCUAAUUGACGGCAAUGGGGUUGACAUAGCGAAGGCUGAAUACAAAGCAACAGUAUCGCUGCCUCUCUCCAACAAAGGUUUUGAUGUCAUGUGUCAUUUCCUGCGAGGACACCUCGCUACUGCUUGUUCCAACGAUUUUGAUAUGUCCACCUACGUAGAAAACCUUGGUGUUAUCAUCAGUGCUGACGAUGCUGCUAUUGAACAAGCAAGACCUGGGGACGGAAUCAAAUUUUUUUAUCAGUUUUCAGCAUUGUAUCAAUGGCUUGCAUAA